UGGUUGUCAAAAAUUUUCAUUCACAAGCUUGGUUGUACUACGAGGCGAAGCUGUGAGGAAAUUGAAAAUAUCCAAAAAAAUAGUGCUCAUUAAGACUUCAAAGUAGUUUUGUUAAUUUCCUUGAAUACCUAUACGACAUUUUCAAUACUUAUCGUGCGUGAACAAAUAAAUUUGGCUAAGAAAAAUUGGCUUUUAGAAAUUGCAAAUGGUGACGCACGCGGCGUUUGGGUUUGAAAAUUAAAACCUGGUUUUCUCGUUUCUCCAUUCGCGCACACACACGUCUUUAGCGUUCUCAGUCGGCAAGUUUUGAUUACAAACAACAGGUGCCAUGACAUCAAUGUAUGCUCAGCCUAUCACAACGCCGCAAUCGCAGCAGGUGAUUGAUUCGGUGCAAAUGAAUCAUUUUCGGAGUUUUGUAAAUAUGCUUGGGGAUCCAUCGGCCAAAGAUGAAAUAAAGCUCAAGGCGGCUCAAGAGUUGAGUGAACAUUUCGAACUAAUAACACAAUGUAGUGCAUACCCGAGCUUUUUAGAACACUCGAUGCGAAUAUUUCUGAAAAUAUUGCAGGAUGGCGAGCCACAUUUCAUUUCUGAACUCAAUCUGCAGCAAGUACGUAAAUUGAUAUUGGAAAUGGUCCACCGACUACCCACAUCCGAAUUGAUCAGACCAUAUGUGAAACCAAUUAUCGUGCUUACAAUAAAAUUGCUUCAGAACGAUAAUGAAGAGAAUGUUCUGGUCUGUUUGAGAAUCAUUAUUGAUAUGCACAAACAAUACAGGCCGUCAUUCCAUCCGGAGAUUCAAGAUUUCUUAUCUUAUGUAAAGACAAUUUAUUCCGACUUGCCAAAACAUCUAACAACAAUGUUCGAGCCGAAACAAUCAAUAAGGGUGAAGGAUUUGAAGGAGAUCAACUUUGAGGUUCUAUUGCCGGAAACAUUUGCGAUAACGCCGAUUCAGGUGGAAAAGAAGACGACAGAUGGAAAGCUCACUACUGUCACUUACAAUUUGAUUCCCAAAGGCAUAAAUUCCUUGAAAGUUUUACAAGAACUACCCAUCAUUGUAGUACUAAUGUACCAAAUCUACAAAACGAAUGUACAUCAGGAAGUUGUCGAUUUCGUCCCCUUAAUUAUUACUACAAUAACCCUCCAACCAUCACCAAUACACAAGAGUUCUCCAGCUUUCAACAAAGAAAUUUACGUCGAUUUCAUGGGGGCCCAGAUAAAGACGUUAGCAUUUUCUGCUUACAUCAUCAGACUAUUCCAAGAUGUUAUAUUGACCCACGCCCCAACAAUGGUGAAAGGAAUGCUCAACUUACUGGAAAGCUGUCCAAAGGAGGUAGCCCAUCUUAGAAAAGAGUUAUUGGUGGCAACAAGGCACAUUCUUGCUACUGAACUGAGAAAUCACUUUGUAUCUUCGAUCGACAAGCUAUUCGACGAGGAUAUUUUACUUGGGAAAGGUUGGACUACACACGAGUCGCUUCGUCCUCUUGCAUAUUCAACUUUAGCUGAUCUGGUGCAUCAUGUUAGGCAACAUUUGACACUUCCUGCUUUAUCGAAGGCUGUGUAUUUGUUUGCAAAAAACGUUCAUGACGAAUCUUUACCAACAAGCAUUCAAACAAUGUCAUGUAAGUUGUUGCUAAAUCUAGUGGAAUGCAUUCGAAUAAAAAGUGAUAUUGAGCCUGUGGCCAGUCGGGAACUCUUGAUAACAAUGUUGAAGGUAUUCACACAGAAAUUCCACACCAUCUCAAAGCUACAACUUCCGCAGAUAAUGCAAAAGUGGAAAAAUUUCAAACCAGAUGGAGCUACUACUGCUACUACUCCUGGCACGCCGACUACGUCUCAAAACAAUUCGGCGUCUGGUGCUACACCUCAGCAUAAUUCACAAACACCCGCUUCCUCUGAUAGUAGCACUACUAUGAUACAGAAAGAUUUUCUUGGCAUGGAUCUGUCAGAUAAUUCUUUCAAAUUAACCAGCAUUGGUUUUCCACAACCCAACAAUCUUAACGUUACCGAAUAUCGUAGUUUGGUAAAAACACUUGUAUGUGGCGUCAAAACAAUUACCUGGGGUUGCCCAGCCGCCAAACUCAAUCCGACAGAGCACAGUAUGCCAGCGUCGAAACUUUUUAAUCCAAACGAAAUACUCAUUUUCAUUGAUUUAUUCCACUGGGCGUUGGAAGCCUUGGAUAUCUACACCAUUAAUCUUCCUACAAUGGGAAUGCCACCGUCGCUACCGCAGCAGAAGCAAGCUCUACAAAUACCGCGAUCAAAGGAGGAAAAGGAGGUGCUUGAACAUUUCAGUGGCGUAUUUUUAACAAUGGACUCACAAAAUUUCCAAGAAAUAUUUGCUUCCACGAUUGAUUUUAUGGUAGAUCGACUAUACAAGAAUUCCGCUCUUCAGGUCAUUGCCAACUCGUUUUUGGCUAACCCGAAAACGUCACCAUUAUUCGCCACUGUACUUGUGGAAUAUCUACUAGAAAGAAUGGAAGAGAUGGGUUCAAAUAUUGAACGCUCUAAUCUAUAUUUGCGCCUUUUCAAGCUCGUGUUCGGUAGCGUUAGUUUGUUUGCUGCUGAAAACGAACAUAUGUUAAGACCGCACUUGCACAAUAUCGUCAACAGAUCCAUGGAGCUGGCAAUGACUGCCAAGGAACCCUACAACUACUUUCUGCUUUUGAGAGCACUAUUUCGAUCCAUUGGCGGAGGUUCGCAUGAUUUGCUGUAUCAAGAGUUCUUACCUUUGCUGCCGAAUUUACUAGAAGGUCUUAACAGAUUGCAGAGCGGGUUCCACAAGCAACACAUGAAAGAUCUGUUUGUGGAACUUUGUCUUACUGUGCCGGUACGCCUAUCAUCGCUCUUGCCAUACUUACCAAUGCUGAUGGAUCCGUUAGUGUCUGCGUUAAACGGUUCACAUACGUUAGUUAGUCAGGGGCUCCGUACGCUGGAAUUAUGCGUAGAUAACUUACAACCCGAUUUCCUCUAUGAUCAUAUUCAACCAGUGCGUGCUGAUUUGAUGCAGGCUCUCUGGAGAACUCUUCGCAAUCAAGAUAGCGCAGCUGUUGUUGCUUUUCGUGUGCUUGGUAAAUUUGGUGGUGGUAAUCGUAAAAUGAUGAUUGAACCUCAACAACUGCUGUAUCAUGAGAAUGAUACGGCACAACCGGCAGUCAUUGCCUAUUUUCAAGAGCAUCGAAAAUCAGUAGACUUUCCAGUCGACAAGGUUAUAGAAACAGCAUUCAAUGCUUUGAAGACUAGCACAACGGAUCCGUUUUAUUGGAGGCAAAGUUGGGAAGUGAUUCGAUGCUAUCUUGCUGGUUCCAUUUGUUUGGACGACGAUAAACACACGCUGCAGAAACUUUUCAUGCAUCCUAGUUUUACGGAAAACAACGUUAUCACUAACGGCCCUCAUUACACCUUGCAGGACAAACAAGCUAGACAGACACAUCAAACUGCUUUAACGGGAAUGUUUGUAGCGGCAGCUACUAAAGAACUUAGAGGAUCUGUUCUGCCCACAAUGGUGGCUGUUGUAAGACAUUACACUAUGGUCGCUAUUGCACAACAAGCGGGACCAUUCCCACAUAAACAUUAUCAGCUGAACACUGGAUUAGAUCCAUUAGUGUUGAUAGAUGCACUAGCUGCUAUUAUGGGACACGAAGAAAAAGAACUGUGUAAACCAGGAAAUCUAGCAAUGGUUUUAAUCUUGGAAACUGCCACCAAUAUUAUGGGCUCAAAAGAACGUGCAUGUCGUCUCCCCAUGAUGCAAUAUCUCGCUGAAAAAAUGGCUGCCUUAUGCUACGAACGCCCAUGGUAUUCCAAAAUGGGUGGAUGUAUUGCGCUGAAAUUUCUUUAUCAAAACAUGGCUAUGCGAUGGCUUUAUCAGCAUUUAUUUAUAUUCCUCAAAGCAUUUAUGUUUAUAAUAAUGGAUCUAACUGGAGAAGUGUCAAGUGGAGCUAUCGAUAUGGCGAAGAAUUAUUUGGAAAAAAUGUUGAAAAUAUGCAUGACACCAUUGGAUCGGGACUGCAAAAAUGAAGAAUUGAUCUCUACUCAGAAAAAAGCUAUGUACGAUGUAAACCACGAAUUGGUAAGGCAGGUUACAAGUCCUCAUACACUUGUCCGAGAAACGGCAAUGUCAUCGUUACGUUUGAUAGCCGAACUACAGAGUAAAACUGUAACCGAGGUGAUGAACCCACAUCGCGAAGUACUGGUCGAUAUGAUUCCGCCGAAGAAACAUUUGCUACGUCAUCAGCCUGCUAGUGCUCAAAUUGGGCUAAUGGAUGGAAACACAUUCUGCACAACUUUAGAGCCACGAUUAUUCACGAUUGAUCUCAACAUUCUGACACACAAGGUUUUUUAUCACGAAGUUCUAACGCUGUCAGACGCUGAGGACACCACGUUAAACAAGUUAGAUUGUUACAAAACUGUCACUAAUUUGAUUCCUCUUCGCAAAAGCGCCUUGCGAGCUCUAGCGGCUUGUCACUAUAUUCCUAACGGUUGCAGAGAAAAGAUUUUUUCUAUUCUCUUUAAAGCGUUAGAGAAAAACAACGUAGAAUUACAGGAAGCUGCCUUCGAGUGCAUGCAAAAUUUCUUGCAGGGAUGUACUGUAGACAAGGAAGCGAUUCAUGCCGGCAUUCGACCCCUACUUAUGCAACUUGGAGAUCAUCGAAAUUUAACGCUCAAUGGGGCCAAACGUCUGUCCUAUUUGACCCAACUAUUUCCCUCGAUGUUCAACGAAAAAUUGUGUGAUUCACUGCUACAAAUUGUUAAAAAAUUGUUAGAAAGUUCAAUAACGGCAAACAAAGGUACCAAUUUUCUAGCGGCCUCCAAAACGGGUGAAACCGAGCAAAAGAUCGUAACUAUUAUUGGAAUCUUCCAUCAAAUUCCCGCGGCAUCUGCCAAGUUCAUUGACAGUCUUUGUAAGUUAAUUCUUCAAACGGAAAAAAGUUUAAUGAUUGAAUCUUGUUCACCAUAUCGCCCACCGUUGGUGAAAUUCCUGUUAAAAUUUCCUAAGGAAACAAUGGAACUUCUGUUGAGCGAUGUCAAUGUUAGAGAUGCACAGUGGAACAGAUUUAUGAUUUUUCUAAUAAAACACAAAGAUGGUUUGCCAUUCCGCAAUGCAAUUCAAGAUAAAAGCCAACGAUUGAUUCAACUCAUUCUUAUUAGUUCGGAUGGAAGUAUUGCUAUCACACAAGGGAAACCAUACGAGGAGCGAUACGAAGCCCAAAGACAAGCGGUACUAGUAAUACACACAUUGAUUGAAUUUGACAGCCCAUGGAUUUCAACCCAAAGUGAUAUAAUAGUAGCCCUCAAGAGUAUCUGGAAGAACGAUCUAUACAAGACUUGUCAAUCAUCUGUUGUUUGCGACCUGUGGCAUUUGGUAGCAAAAAUAUUGAUUGAAUAUUUUUCACACAAUACCAACGAGAUACCGCUACUGUUCCAGCUAUUACGCGCCCUUUGCUUACGAUUUAUACCAGAUUUUCAGUUCUUCCGCGAUUUCCUUCAGAACACCGUAUGUCAGAGCUACACUGUAGACUGGAAACGAAAAGCUUUCUUCCACUUUGUUGAGUGUUUUGUUAAUCAGGAAGUGACACAAGACUUGAAGGCAAAAAUUUUAACUAUGGUAAUCAUUCCUAGUUUUGCCGUUAGCUUUGAAAAAGGUGAGGGCAAUAAAUUGGUUGGGGCACCUCCAGCACCAUACCAAGAGGAUGAUAACAAUGUCGUAUCGGUUUUCAUCAAUAAAGUUAUUGAUCCAGAGAAACCAUUUGCCAAUGAGGAUGCUGUCCGAAUAGCGCUGUUGCAGUUUGCGUGUUUGCUAGUCGAGAGAGCUUCACCACACAUUCACGAUGGUGAUGCGAACAACAAGCGGGAAGGUAACAAGUUGAGAAGACUUAUGACAUUUGCUUGGCCUUGUUUGCUACCUAAAAAUUGUGUUGAUCCGGCAGCCAGGUAUCACGGCCAUUUAUUACUAAGCCACAUUAUAGCCAGAUUAGCUAUUCAUAAACGAAUAGUACUACAAGUAUUUCAUUCGCUACUGAAGGCUCACGCCGUUGAGGCGAGGACAGUAGUAAAGCAGGCACUUGAAGUGCUGACUCCAGCAAUGCCACUGCGAAUGGAGGAUGGAAAUACCAUGCUAACUCAUUGGACAAAGAAAAUUAUUGUUGAGGAAGGUCACUCCAUGCAGCAGCUGUUUCACAUUUUGCAACUUCUUGUAAGACAUUUUAAAGUAUACUACCCAGUGCGGCACCAUUUGGUACAACAAAUCAUCAAUUCGAUGCAUCGACUAGGAUUCACGGUGAAUGCUACAAUUGAUUAUCGAAAGCUGUCCGUAGAACUGGCAGAGGUUAUCAUCAAAUGGGAAAUACAAAGAAUAAAGGAAGAGUCCGACGGUAUAGCGGAAGAUGAAGAGAGUAAAAUGCAAACUGACAAACAGCAGGCAAGUGGAGCGGUUAAAAGGACUGCGCAAGAAGAAGAAGUUAAAAAAAAGUUGGCGACUGGGGAGACGAUCCCGCAGCCAUCUCCUAGCACUUCGACUGGUGGUACUAGCGUCGCCAGUCCAAAAGUGGAAGGUUCGACUCGCCCAAUCGAUCGAGCGCAUUGCGAUGCAGUUUUAAAUUUUUUGUUCAGGAUGGCAUGUCAACUCAACGAUGUAUCCACGACGCCUGGUACCAUCUCUCCUGGAGAAAGUCUUUCGAGACGAUGCGUCACUCUCCUCAAGUUAGCUAUUAAACCUGAUAUGUGGCAGCAACCGUUCGAUUUGAAGCUCACAUGGCUCGACAAAGUGUUUACAUCCAUUGAAGGGCAACAACCUAACAUUGGAAAUGUUUGCACUGCUUUGGAGUUGUUAACAUUUCUGUUAACAGUGUUGAAAAAGGAUCAAAUAUUAGUCACAUUCCGACCCUUGCAGCGAGGUCUCUCUGCUUGUGUAACGUGUACCAAUAACAGAGUCAUUAAGUUAAUGCACGGAUUACUGACACGUCUUAUGGCUAUUUUUCCAACAGAUUCACAUCAUAAGCACGAUGAGCUGGAAACCUUGUAUUCAACUAUCAGCAAAAUGAUCUUUGAAGGCUUGGCAACGUACGAAAAAAAUCCGCAGGCAAACCCAUCGACAUUGUUUGGAACGUUAAUGACACUAAAAGCAGCCUGCGCCAAUAAUCAGAGCUACAUCGAUAGACUGAUUAUUCCUUUCAUGCGACUACUAAAUCGUUUGACUAAAGAGCACCUGGGAGGAAUUGCCAGUAAUACAAAUGGAAACGGCGAAGCUACUAACAAUGCUGGGUCAAUUGCACUGGAGUUACUAGUUGUUUCCCUUGAUUUGGUGAAAAACCGAGUAGUGGUAAUGAGUGUAGAAAUGCGAAAAAUGUUUAUUGGUGGUAUCCUCGUUGGUUUGAUUGAAAAGAGCAAUGAUGUUAAAGUAAUCAAAGCGAUUGUCAAAAUGAUUGAGGAAUGGAUGAAAAAUAAAAAUACUCCUGUAACUGUAUCGCAGGCUCCUACACUGCGCGAAAAGUCGAUACUUCUAGUGAAGCUUAUGCAAUACGUAGAAAAACGUUUUGCUGAUGAUCAAGAAUUAAAUGGACAAUUUCUAGAGUUGGUAAAUUACAUCUACCGCGAUGAGCAACUGAAAAUAACUGAGCUUACUUCUAAACUGGAAGCUGCCUUUCUGGCUGGUUUGCGUUGUAGUCAGCCAAAGAUACGAGCCAAAUUUUUCGAGGUUUUCGACGGAUCUAUGAGAAGGCGUCUACACGAUCGACUACUUUAUAUAAUCUGUUCACAUGCUUGGGAUUCUAUUGGGCAGCAUUACUGGAUAAAGCAGUGCAUUGAACUCCUCAUACUUACGGCAAAUACCAGUACGCAGAUACAGAACAGUAACGAGAAUCAUUUGUUGCCAAGCAUUUCAUCGGUUAUUAACUUUGCUGAAUCAGAUGAGAAAAAGAAUUUUGUCAUCUACACUUCACUUCAAAAUGACCCAGCAGAGCCAUUCGAUCCUAUAGAGGAUAAGGAGGAUGCAUUCGAUAUGGAUAUGAGCGUUGAUUCCAAUAUUUCACGCCACGAAGAAAGUGAACGACCUGUAGCAAAUCGACAAGCCGUGUUGGCCAAACUCAUCAGUCGCCAAGCGGAAUUCUUAGAAGCCAGCAGAAAAGUGCGAACCGAACAAUUACUAGUGGCCACAGCACAAUUAUGCCAUAUGGAUACGAUACUGGCGGAAAAGGUGUGGCUCGACGUUUUUCCUCGUCUUUGGUCAAUACUUGAUCAUGGUCAGCAACAAUCAUUAGAUCGAGAGAUUGUCCCAUUCCUAUCAUCCGGUACGCACAUCAUACAAAAGGACUGUCAUCCUAGUGCGCUGCACACUUUCGUCGAGGCUCUAUCACAUUGCAGUCCUACUGUAUGCAUUCCUCCAAAUCUGAUGGCCUACCUCGGAAAAGCGCACAAUCUUUGGCAUCGUAUGACACUGAUGUUAGAGGGUAUGGCAUUGGAUUGGCCUAACAGUAAAGAAAGCAUAUCAGAAUUUUCCGAGUUUGAAGAAGAAAACAGUAGAGAUGGAUCGUACGUUAUGGACCCUCUUUCGCAGAUGUAUUCGUCGCUUCACGAAGAAGAUUUGUGGGCUGGCUUGUGGUUAAAAUACGCUAAAUAUCCUGAAACUAAUUUGGCCAUCGCGCACGAGCAAAUGGGUUUCUUUGAAGAAGCUCAAAGUAUUUAUGAUUCAGCAAUGACUAGAUUUAAACAAGAUCUCAACAGUGGAUUGACACCAACAGACAUGAAUAGUGAGGUUUUGCUAUGGGAAAACCAUUGGAUUCGGUGCGCCAAAGAACUUAAUCAGUGGGAUAUUUUGAUGGACUAUGGGCAAUUGAGCAGGGACAAAAAUUCUUUUCUUAUAAUGGAUAGUGCUUGGCGUGUACCGGACUGGACACUCAUGAAGCAGGCACUUCUGAAGGUGGAACAGUCUUGUCCUAAACAAGUCGGUUACAAGGUCAAUCUUUAUCGCGGCUAUUUGACUAUUCUAAACCAAGAAGAACAACACCCUUCUUCUGUUGAACGAUAUGUAGAAAUGGCAUCUGCUUAUUGUAUGCGUGAAUGGCGUCGACUACCACCGGUUGUAUCGCAUAUCCAUCUUCCGAUAUUGCAAGCCUCUCAACAAAUCAUGGAACUGCAGGAAGCCAGUCAAAUUCAUCAAGGAUUGUUGCAAAAUAGAAGCUCGUCGUUGCAUGAUAUGAAAGCAAUUGUCAAAACAUGGCGUAACCGUUUGCCUGUCAUAGCGGAUGAUUUGUCGCAUUGGAGUGAUAUUUUUACGUGGCGCCAGCAUCAUUAUCAAAUUAUCACAACUCAUCUCGAGCAGCAAGGCGACAGUAAUGCACCAUGUAUGUUGGGUGCACACGCUUCCGCACAGACAAUAAUACACUUUGGAAAAAUUGCGCGGAAGCAGAAUUUGACGGGAGUUUGUCAAGAUUCACUAUACAGAAUCUACACAAUCCCAUCGGUUCCAGUAGUAGAUUGUUUCCAAAAAAUUCGGCAACAAGUUAAAUGCUGUCUACAGAUGGCCGCCGUCAACAGUCGCUCGGAAUUGUCUGAAGCAUUGGAAGUCAUUGAACCAACAAAUUUGGACUACUUCUCUAAGGAGAUGACAGCUGAAUUUUAUGCAUUAAAAGGCCUAUUGCUGGCCCAAACUGGUCGCUCUGAGGAAGCGAAUAAAGCUUUUAGUGCGGCUACACAACUGCACGAUACACUUAUUAAAGCAUGGGCUCUAUGGGGCGAUUAUUUAGAGCACAUAUUCACAAGGGAUCCACGACAAAUCAAUCUCGGCGUGUCAGCCAUGACAUGCUUUCUGCACGCUUGUCGUAACCAAAAUGAAAGCAAAUCUCGUAAAUAUUUGGCCAAAGUGCUGUGGUUACUUUCAUACGACGAUGAUAAGUCAUUGUUGGAGGCUUUGGAUAAGUAUGCGGUAGGAGUCCCUCCUCUUCAAUGGGUACCAUGGAUCCCUCAACUAUUGUGCUGUUUAGUACAGUACGAAGGAACGGUUAUACUAAAUUUAUUAAGUCAAGUUGGUAGAAUGUUUCCUCAGGCUGUCUAUUUUCCGAUCCGUACUCUGUACUUGACAUUGAAAAUCGAACAGCGUGAGCGUUACAAAAGUGUUGAACAAGCUGCUGCCGCGCAAAAGAUGAUCAUUAAUAAAUCUGAAGUAAGCGCGUCUGCUGCAGGGCAAGUUACAAUAUCUACCCAACCUGGUGGAUCAGGGAACCAGCAACAACCACAGCACACAACAAAUGUAAUUCUAAACCAGUCUGGAACAGAGAAUCAACAAAGCACCAGUGGGUCUCUGCAAGCCGCAACAACGCCGAUUCGUGCUACUCCGCCUAUGUGGCGAUGCUCAAAAAUUAUGCACCUUCAGCGUGAUAUUCAUCCCACUGUUUUGAGUUCCCUUGAGGGUAUCGUUGAUCAAAUGGUUUGGUUUCGUGAGAAUUGGUAUGAAGAAGUUCUGAGACAAUUACGUCAAGGUCUAACCAAAUGCUAUGCGAUAGCGUUUGAAAAUCGUUGUUCCGUAAAUGAAGCAACCAUUACUCAGCACACGCUUAAUUUUGUUAAGAAAUUGGUAUCUACUUUUGGCAUAGGAAUCGAAAACAUUUCGAGCUCCGUAUCGUCAAAUUUUUCAUCUGCUGCCUCGGAAUCGUUAGCUAGACGUGCGCAAGCUACCGUACAGGAUCCUGUGUUCCAGAAAAUGAAAGGUCAAUUCACAAGUGAUUUUGAUUUUUCUCAGCCUGGAGCCACUAAAUUGCACAAUUUAAUCAACAAAUUGAAAAUCUGGAUUAAGAUUUUGGAGAAUAAAACAAAACAACUGCCAAAAUCAUUUUUGAUUGAGGAAAAAUGUCGAUUCCUUUCCAAUUUUAGUCAAAAGACCGCUGAAGUGGAACUACCUGGCGAGUUGCUGCUUCCAAAACAUUCACAUUAUCACAUUAGGAUAGCACGCUUUAUGCCAAGAGUUGAUAUAGUUCAGAAGCAUAAUACUGCUGCCAGACGAUUGUAUAUUCGUGGAACGAAUGGAAAGAUCUACCCAUAUUUGGUUGUCAAUGACACUGGGUUAGGCGACGCACGGCGUGAGGAACGAGUAUUACAGUUGCUUAGAAUGUUGAACAAUUAUCUGGCUAAGCAAAAAGAGACGUCAAAACGUUUUCUGCAUAUAACGGUUCCUAGAGUGGUGGCCGUUUCGCCGCAAAUGCGUCUUGUGGAAGAUAAUCCCUCCAGCAUGUCACUACUAGACAUUUACAAAACUGGAUGCUCCAAGCUUAACAUCGAGCACGAUGCUCCUAUUGCACGGUAUUACGAACGAUUAGCCAGAGUACAGGCACGUGGUUCGCAAACUAGUCACAUCGUGUUGAGAGACAUUCUAAGAGAGGUGCAGGCUACUAUGGUUCCUAAGACGAUACUCAAAGAUUGGGCGAUAAGAAAUUUUCGCUCAGCUACCGACUACUGGCAGUUCCGAAAGAUGUUUACACUUCAACUGUCAUUAUCCUGUUUGAUGGAGUACGCUUUGUAUCUUACACGUCUUAACGCUGACAUGAUGUACCUUCAUCAAGACUCUGGACUGAUGAAUGUUUCAUAUUUCAAGUUCGAUAUGGACGAUACUUCUGGCUUACUGGAUCGGCCGGUACCAUUCCGCCUUACUCCUAACGUUGUGGAAUUCUUAUCGGCCAUCGGAGUUUCCGGUCCGCUAACAGCUUCCACUAUUGCAACCGCCCGUUGUUUGGUUCAGCCCAACUUUAAACUUCCCACUAUUUUGCGAGCAAUCUUGCGAGAUGAAAUCAUUGCAGUCCAAAAGAAACGUCUUCUGGACGAAAAAUUGGUUGAUCAAAACACGGAUUUAUCCCAGGAAAACGCUGUGAUUGAAAUUGAUUCAGAAACAGUCAUCAAUACAGUGAAUAAAGCGGCCAGCAACAUCAUGAGUCGUUUGAACUGUUUAGCUCGUUUUGACAACUCAGAAGUGAACCGGAUGAGUACAUUAGUGCAGAUUGCAAGUAACCCAGACAACCUCUGUCGAAUGGAUCCAACUUGGCACCCUUGGUUGUAAGUUUCAACAGUUCAAUGAAGUUCCAAAGCAGGUACGUUUAGUAAAUGUAUGAGCAAUUGUGACAUAAAUAUAGUUUCAAUCGUGAAAGAAAAUAAAA